CUCACCUAAAAUAUAAAAUUUGUGUAUAAAUAUGGAACCUAGGCAAAGAGCAACCCCUAAAGAAGAGACUAGCAAGAGCCAGAAGGAAGCAACCAGGGAUUUAGAAGAGCAGGUUUUGAAACGAGAGAGGUUGUGUGGGGACGAGUGUCUGGAAGGUAUGAAGAAGAGAGAGAAAUUUCCGAGGUAUUUUGGAGUUGCGAGGGUGAAGAUGAUGUUAAUUAAAUUUGAUUUCUGUUAUCCAGAAAUUAGACAGUGUUUUGAGAAAUAUUUCAAGCUCAAUUUGAGAAUGAGGAAUGUCAGUUCUGUUGAUAUAAGGUUUUCUUCGGAAAUAAAAUUCAAAUAAGUUGUUAAUGAAAUUGUUUAAGAAUACCACUUCUAACAUAAAGGGAAAGACUUUAUUUAUUACAUAUAUCUCAAAAAGUUAUAUCAGUAAUAAAAUAGUAAAGAGUAUUUGUUUGAAUCUUUGGAACUAUACAAAAUCUGUGAAUUUAAAACACUUUCACAUCGGUUCAACAUAUAUCCAGAAAAUCAUUAUUUCAGGAAGACAUCUGGAGUUUAUCAAAUUCCUUUAUUGUGAAAUCACAGAGCAAAAGUGGGGGCAUACUUUUAAGAAUUACAACUCUGCUCUGGACUUGGAAACUGUGCAUUUCUUUAAAUGAUCUUAUGUUGAGGUUUGUAAAGAUAAAAAGUAUGAACUCAUGAAAAAUAUAAUGAAAGGAAUCCUCAAUUCUAAUUUGAGAAAUUCAUUUAGGAUUGUUAUGGAAUGGAGAGACAAAAUUAAAUAUUCCAAAGAUAUGAUUGUUGAAAACCUUGACUGCGAAGAUAUUAAACAUAAGAUAGAAGUAGAUACGAAAGAAAUAAGAUUUAAUCUGUCAUCAUAG